AUGAGUCAAUCAGAUUUAGAUAGAUAAAUAGCUUAACUUAGAAAUUGUGAAAACAUAACAGAAGGGGAAGUUAAAGCCUUAUGUACGAAGGCAAGGGAAAUUCUUGUAGAAGAGAGCAAUGUACAGAGAGUUGACGCUCCAGUGACAAUCUGCGGAGAUAUUCAUGGCUAGUUCUUUGAUUUAAUGGAGUUAUUUAAGGUAGGUGGGGAUUGUCCUGACACUAACUAUUUAUUCUUGGGUGACUUUGUGGACAGGGGAUUCAAUAGCGUGGAAACAUUUUUAUUAUUAUUGGCUUUGAAAGUGCGCUAUCCGGACAGGAUAACAUUGAUACGUGGGAAUCAUGAAUCUAGACAAAUUACUUAAGUUUAUGGUUUCUAUGAUGAGUGUCUCAGAAAGUAUGGGUCAUUAAAUGUUUGGAGAUAUUGCACAGACAUUUUUGAUUAUUUGAGUUUGGCUGCAGUAAUUGAAGAGAAGAUAUUUUGUGUACAUGGUGGAUUAUCCCCUUCAAUAAAGACAAUGGAUGAUAUACGAGCAAUCGAUCGUAAAUAGGAAGUACCUCAUGAUGGAGCAAUGUGUGAUUUGAUGUGGAGUGAUCCAGAUGAAAUUGAGGGAUGGAAUUUAUCUCCAAGAGGUGCUGGAUAUUUAUUUGGAGGAGAUGUUGUGGAUGAUUUCAAUAGGAAAAAUAACAUUGAAUUAAUAUGCAGAGCUCAUCAAUUGGUCAUGGAAGGUUAUCGAGUGAUGUUCAAUGAAUAACUAGUCACAGUCUGGAGUGCUCCAAACUAUUGUUACAGAUGCGGUAAUGUGGCCUCAAUUCUAGAGUUGGAUGAAAACCUUACUAAACAAUACAAGAUAUUCGAAGCAGCUUAGGAAAACAAAGGAUUACCAGCCAAGAAACCAAUUCCUGAUUAUUUUUUAUGA